AUGAGCCCCACCGCUUUUCGAUCAAUGCCUGCCCUCCGAUUCACUCCCGCCCUGGUCGCGUUCGUCCUGCUGCUGACCUUCGUAGCGGCCCCCGCCGCCGCGGCGCCCAACGUGCUGCUGAUCUGCGUCGACGACCUCAAGCCGACGCUCGGCUGCUACGGCGACACGCUCGCCAAGUCGCCCAACAUCGACCGGCUGGCGGACCGCGGCCUGCGGUUCGACAAGGCGUACACGAACCAAGCGGUCUGCGCGCCGUCGCGUAACGCGUUGAUGACCGGAUCGCGGUGCACGUCGCUGGGCAUCUACAACCUGAGCGUCAACUUCCGCGCGGCCGUCCCCAAUGCCGUUACGCUGCCGCAGUUCUUCAAGCAGCACGGCUACCGGGCCGAGGCGGUUGGCAAGAUCCUGCACACCGGCCACGGCAACCACGACGACCAGGCGUCCUGGAGCGUGCCCACGCAGAUCGAGCCGGUGGUGGAGUACCUCGACCCCGACAGCACCGGCGGCGAGCUGACCCGCGAGGAGGCCUUCUUCGAGAACAAGCGGCUGGGCAGCAUCGGCCAGCUGCCCCGCGGCGCCGCCUGGGAGGUUGUCGACGCCGACGACGACGCCUACGCCGAUGGCCGCAUCGCCCAGGCGGGCGUCGAGCGGCUGCGCGCCGCCAAGGACCGCCAGCAGCCCUUAUUUCUGGCGCUCGGCUUCGUGAAGCCCCACCUGCCAUUCACGCCGCCCAAGAAGUACUGGGACCUGUACGACCCCGCGCAGUUCGCCAUGCCCGAGUUCCGCGCCGACCCGGCCGGCGCGCCCCGCUUCGCCGGCAAGGGCGGCAUUGAGGUCGCCAACUACGCGCCGCUGCCGGCCAACGGCCGCCUGAACGACGACCUCACCCGCCAGAUGAUGCACGGCUACUACGCGUCGGUCAGCUACAUCGACGCUCAGAUCGGCAAGGUGCUCGACGAGCUCGACGCUCUCGGCCUGCGGGACGACACGCUCAUCGUCCUGUGGGGCGACCACGGCUGGCACCUGGGUGACCACGGCUACUGGACCAAGCACACCAACUACGAGCAGGCCAACCGGAUCCCGCUGCUGGUCGUCGCGCCCGGCGUCACGCGGCCGGCGACCGCCACCGAACAGCUCGCCGAAACGGUCGACCUCUACCCGACGCUCGCCGCGCUGGCCGGCCUGCCCACCCCGACCGGACCGCAGCCGAUCGACGGCGUCGACCUUACGCCCGUGCUUCGCGACCCGACCGCCCGCGUCCGCGACCACGCGUACGCGGUGUACGAACGGGGCCGCAACCGCGUGGGGCGGAACAUCCGCACCGACCGCUACCGCCUGGUCGAGUGGAAACGCCCCGGCGCCGACCCCGACACGGCCGAGCUGGAGCUGUACGACUACCAGCAGGACCCCCUCGAGACCGAGAACCUGGCUACCCACCGCCCCGAGGUGGUCAAAGAGCUGCUGGAGAUCCUGUACACGCACCCCGAAGCCAAACCGGCAGUGGAGUCCAGCGAUUUCCCACUUCCACCUGCAUACAAGGAGUUCGUGAUCCGAUACGGCAAUGCCGAAUUGUAUCGCUACAAUUCAAACUACUAUCUAACAGUUUUUGCGGGGCCCAGAGAAGCGGAAAGCGCGGAGGGCGAAGGGUUGAUUCAAAUCGGUCGAACGUGGACCUCAGUCGUUUACUUUAAGGAAUCGCGUCUUGUCACUGGAAGUGAAUCACCUGUUUAUGAAUGGUAUUAUGGCGGACUUCGGCAAACGGCGAAUGGCUUCGAGGAAUGGCUGCAAGCUAAGUGUGCCGCCGCUCGCAAGCGGUUCACUAAGAAGCAAUGGCGGGCCCUUGAGGAAGGUCCGCCGCCGUUUACCGAACGCGAACUCGCGAUCACCGAAGCCCGUAAACUCUUCCGUUGGUGGAUAGUGGGCAUCGCGCCUAACGAAGACCUGCGCUUCGAAAUACACAACGGAUCGACGAUGGUCUUGCCUUACGUGUCGGUGGGCAUUCGCGGGAAACUUCGCCCGCCCAAGACCGGCCCGCUGCACGGCGGUGGCUACAUUCCAACGGCUUCCAUCCUACCUGGUGAAACGGGGACCAUUGAGUACGAUUGCUACAAGCAGUUCGUCGCCCCCGAAGAUACGGAUGUCUUUGCGUUACCCGAGCCAGGACCAGAGGAUCGGGAGCAGUAUUGGGAGUUUAAGGCGAUGACCUAG